UUGUUUUGAGAUUGUUGAAUUUACUCCAUAGUUCAUAGCUGUUGCUAGUGUUCUGCUUGUUGUGAUAUGUUGUGUAGGCGUAAUGGUUGUGCGAAAUAGUAGGCAUGUAACAUUGGUGCAUCGUAAGUUCUUCGUUUCUAAUACCUAGUGUGAUAAGCAUGGUCGCUGCUGAGGCGUCUGAUGUUAAAACAUUCCCUUAUUAAGGAAACGUUUAAAUAUCCAAAUUUUUUGAUGGGAAGCAGAAGCUUUAUCAGAUGCACAUUGCUGGAUGGUUUGAAUGAAUAAAUGAACCUGCUGCAAGAGUGGUUUUCCAAACUGUGUAUAGUUUUCAGAAAAAGUUUAAAGACGAAACUUAGUGUUGUGCUGUAAGAUAUCGUAUCACACUUUUAAAAGUGUAUCUCAGUUGAUGGAUUAUUGAAAUGUUGUCCACUGAUGGCAGUAUAGACGUUGGUGAUGGACGACCAGUAUCGUGUGUGCAAUUACUGCAAAAUUCCAGUACCAGCUUGUAAAUUUCAUGAACAUCUAAAAACAAAAGCUCAUCGUGAAAGGAGGAUGGCGUCAAAAUUGGAAUGUGGUGUCUAUAUCAGUCAACUACCAUUGAGAGUAACAAAGGAAAUACUAGUGGGAGUAUUGGAAAGGUUUGGUACAGUUCGUGCGUAUUCUUUAAAUUCACACGCAGGCACAGCCAUAGUUUAUUUUGAUGACAGAGAAGCGGCUGAAGCAUUGCUCAAGUCAUCUGUGCAUGUUUUAAAUCAACUCAUCCACACAGAACCAAUAUUAGAAUCCAACCUGAAAAAAAGUACUUCACUUGAAGCUGGCAUCAAUAAUGCAGCUAUUAUUUUUGCUGUUGAGCAAGCUUGUCAGUCACCCAGUACCAACAUGGAAGAGCACAUAGGAAUAGUGCUGGAUUUUAUAAUUUUGAGAGAUCCAACACGUGAUGACAAGGUGGCAACAAUUGUGGAAGACUUGGAGCAGCAUCUUGCAAAGCUGUUUCCAGAUUGUCGAGCUGAGUUAUUUGGUUCUGCAGUGACAGGGUUAACGCUACCAGGAGAUGCCAUUGACAUAUCAAUAUGCGAUGGACCACGUCGAAGAAGUGUGUCACUGCUGGGGAGUAAAGAAUCUGUUACUAACAUUCGCAAACUUUUGCUGAAUUUUCCGUACAAGUUUGCAAAUAUUGGUGAAAUACCAGAUGCAAGUGAACCUGUGAUAAGAUUCCUCCAUAGGUCUACUCACAUUUUGUGCAAUUUGGUUGUAAAUGACCCUGAAGGUCCUAGAUCUAGUCGCCAGUUGCGUUGGGUGCUGUGCCUGGAUGAACGAAUACGUCUAAUUAUUGUAUUCAUAAAAUAUUGGGCAAAAUCUCUUAAACUGAUUAGUAAUGCAAAGUUCUCCAGCUAUGCAAUGACAGUGCUGGUUUUGUUUUACCUUCAACAAAUACCUGAAGCCAUGGUUCCUGCAUUACGUGUAUUGCAUGAUAAAAAUAUUCCUGAAAUGGCAGAAAACAUAACUAACAAGGAUCCUCUGAGAAUAUUAAUUGAAGAAUUUUUCCGUUACUACUCAGAAGUUAGACUGGAGCGAGUAGUAUUGGCACCAUACAUGGGAGAUGUGCUGGACCGUGAAAUUUUCAUUAGAGGAGGAAUGGCAAUCCCACCAGAAAUGCAGCUGUACAAUAGAAUAAUGUAUAGUGGUGCUAGACCACUCAGGGUAGAUACCCCUAUGGUUUUACAGGACCCGUAUCAAUUAAAUGUGAAUCUGACCAGUAGAGUUGAUGAAGAAACUGUAUCAGAGUUUCAAAUUAAAUGCAAACAAGCAUAUGAGAUGGUUAAGACCGGAAAUCUGUUGCAUCUUCUGAAAGCACAUUGCUCAUCCACACCCUCAGAAAAACCUCCAUCCUCUGCAGUUGUUAACACUUCAUUUAAAGCUGCAAGGUUUUUGCAACCAAAUUAUCUUGUACCAGAACCACAAAAUGAAGUUGUGCUAGCAAAGAAGGAACUGUUUCAGAGGUGGCUCAAUGUAAUGUUUGUGAUUUUGCCAGACUUCUUGAUAAACUUUGUGAGGUUGCAAGUUGAACCUCAAGAUGUUCCAGCGGAACAGAAUUUCUGGGAACCUCGAGCAAAAGUACCUAGACUGUCAGAGGAGAGCAAUUCCAGCAAGUGGAAUUCAAGUAAAACCACCUCAGAAGAGGGUGUGACAAAAACGUGGUUAUGCAGGGGAUGUCCCGUUGUAUGCUCUUGGCAGCAGCGGAAGAAGGUUGCUGUUGAACUUGAGCUGGCUCCAUCCAUCCACCCAAUGGAGCGUGAAGUCCUAAUUUCAAAGUACUUGGAGCAAUCAUUCCGGAGUGGGGAAGUUUCAUUCUACCUUACUCUAAAAGUGGAUGAAGAUAAGGAGAUGGUUCGCUGUCUGUUCGAGAACCUCGAUAAGAAAACAGAACCGUUUUCAACUGUGGCACACGCACUUGUUACUUUAUUACCAUUAUGGAUAAAUAAUGCUUUCGAGGUUGGUUUUUCACUGCGAUGUGUUACAGGUGUUUAUAUUCCAGGGGACAUGCAAAUAGGUGCAAGUAGAAGUUUGACAUCUGGAUGUUGGUGAAAUGAAGUGUUGUCAGUUACCUAGAACUCAUCAUCUUGUAAUCUAGAAUACUAAGAGUGUUUCUCCAGUUCAUAAAGUUUAAUUGUGAGAAACUAGUGUGUGGACUAGAAGAGUGUAGUGAACUGGUAAUAUCUGGAAGUUCUAGAAAUAAGUAAUAUUCCAUUUUUUCCUUGUUUAAGUGUAUCAAAAAUACAGAUGUGAGGCAUUAUGAUGCCAGAGACUCUUUAUUGUGUAACUUCUCUUGAUUUUACAUUGGCAACACGUAAUUCUUUUAUGUAGCAUAUUCAGUUAUCUCUGUAUCUAUAUUGCUGUGCUGGAAGAUUUUUUUGCAGAAAUACACAGGUAUAUUUACUGGAGCAGUGUAUGUAAACUAAAUCUAAAUAAAUUAUUUUUGUUUGUUUAUAGGUGGUAAGUUUGAUUAAAUAUUCCAUAUAUUACUGAGAAAGCUCUGUCACACCAGCAAAUACUUUUUGAAUUGCUGAUUUAUCAAUUUUUCUAUUGUUCAUGAGUCAUCAGGUAUAUUAGUUACUUUCACCAAUUGUAGUAUCUCCAGAGAGUUACAGUUACCUGUGGUUUCAUGUUUCUUCCUCCAUACAGUAGCUUUUUUACAAUCACAGAGAGUAGAUAUUUUGUAUAUAUUUGAUUCAUGUCAAGUAAUAAUAAAGACUCUGAAAUUAGUGAACUAAUUUUG